UACUAAGAAGAUAUUACCAAAAUAAAAUGGCACUCUUUUCAACAGCAUGGCAUCCAAGUUGCCAUGAUCUAUCCAACUAUAUUAUAUUCUUACAAAAUGGCAAUUGUUUUAUGAAACUCAUGUUGCUAUAUAAAUGCAUGUUUCCUAUACAUAUUCAUGCUCAAUAAGCCUAAUCCUUCAUUUGCCAUGGCAUUCACGCAUUAUAUCCUUGUAUUCUUCAUUAUUCAAGUACUCUCUUUCUCUCCCUCUCAUGCAUCUCUAUCUUCUGAUACAAUUUGCAGCAUCACCCCUUAUCCCAACUUGUGCAAAACUUUACUGCCUCAAAACAAUUCCAUUGACAUUUAUGACUCAGGAAGGCUCUCCAUCCAGCUUUCAAUUUCAACAACUAGUCAGAUUCUUGACUCAAUUAAUGAUUUCCUCAACCCAAUUAAUCUAUUACUGCCUAAAAGCACAAUUUCUGCUCUCCAAGAUUGCCAAUUUCUCCUUGGCCUAAAUGUUGAUCUAUUAUUGAAUACUGCUAAUGUUGUUAAGAAACCAAAUAAUUCACUUGAGAAUACAGAAGCUGUUGAUGUUGAUACCUGGCUUAGUGCAGCUAUCACCAAUAAACAAACUUGUUUGGAUGGUCUUCAAGUCGCGACUUCUAAUUUACAGGUUGCAAACCUGAUUACACCCUCAAUUUCUAAAGGCAGCAUGAUGUGCAGUGUGUCACUAGCACUUUUUAAGAAGGGGUGGAAUCUUGAUUCUGGUUUAGGGAAUGUUGUAAGUUGGAGUAUGUUGAAAAUUAGACAAAAGGUAGUGGUGAAUCCAGAUGGAACCGGGGACUACACUACUAUCAAUGACGCGAUUGCAGCUUCCCCGGAUAAUAGCCUAGCAGUGGAAGGCUUUUACCAAAUAUAUGUGGUUGCUGGCGUCUACCAUGAGUAUGUGUCCAUUGCUACAAACAAGAAGUAUUUGAUGAUGGUUGGUGAUGGCAUAGACAAGACUAUAAUCACUGGAAAUCGAAACGUACCUGAUGGAUGGACAACUUUCAGUUCUGCCACAUUUGCUGUAGAUGGGCAAGGAUUUGUCGCAAUGAACAUUACCUUUAAGAACACAGCAGGAGCAGCAAAGCUCCAAGCAGUGGCCGUUCGGAAUAGUGCUGAUCUAUCCGCAUUCUACUCCUGCAGCUUUGAAGGGUAUCAAGACACGCUUUACACACAUUCCCUGAGACAAUUCUACAAGGAAUGUAACAUCUACGGGACUAUAGACUUCAUUUUCGGAAAUGCAGCUGUUGUUUUCCAAAACUGUAACAUCUAUCCCCGCGUUCCAUUGCCCGGCCAGUUUAAUCCAAUUACAGCACAGGGCAGAACAGACAUUAACCAGAACACAGGCAUAUCCUUUAACAAAUGUACCAUUAUUCCCGCUUCUGACUUGGCCUCGUACAAUGGCAGUACUCCAGUACGGACAUAUUUAGGCAGGCCAUGGAAAGAGUAUUCCCGAACUGUUUAUAUGCAAUCAUUUAUGGACAGUUUUAUCCAUCCUGAUGGUUGGUCGAUUUGGACAGGGGAUUUCGCGCUAAGUACGUUGUAUUAUGCUGAAUAUAUGAACACGGGUCCAGGAUCGAAUACCAGUAACAGGGUCACAUGGCCUGGUUAUCGUGGUGAAAUUAAUUUCAUGGAUGCAUCUUGUUUCACUGUCUCCAAUUUCAUAGUGGGGGAUUUUUGGUUGCCUUGGACUGGAGUCCCUUAUGCUGGUGGUUUAUAUUUAUAAGCUACAACUUUUUCUUGAUACUUUAUUUGGUUGUAUUCUUCAGUAAUUCCAAGUGACCUCUCUAUCUUCUUUAAUUGUUUGUGUGUUAGUUUCUCACCCAAAUUUUUUAAAUUAGUUCAAUUCAAGAAAAAAUGUCAGGUCAAUAAAAUGCUGGAUGAUAACCUAUCGUUGUUAUCGCUACAUGUACAAAAUUUAAGGAGAAAAACU